GCCAGAGCUCCAACACCACCACACCAGCAUUGCCGACAUGACGGACACCACGAUGAGGCCGACAGACCAUGCGCGGUGUCGGGAGCUGGAGCAUCCCGACAUGGUCAACUUUUCCGUCUCAGUCUUCAUCGUCGUCGGCAUCCUCGUCUCGUACCUCCCGCAGCACUACAAGAUCAUACAGCGACGCUCCUCGCGCGGGCUGAGUCCGCUGUUUGUCCUGCUCGGCACCGUCUCGGGCACGGCGAGCAUGGCCAACAUCCUCACCCUGCCCGAGAGCACCGCCGACAUGGCCUGCUGCAAGGACAUUGGGCGCUUCCCCUGCGCCGCCGCCCUGCUCGGCAUGGCCCAGAUUGGCGUGCAGUGGUCGUGCUUCUUCUUCAUCAUGCUGCUCUUCCUGAUCUUCUUCCCGCGCCCCGCCAUCCCCGGCAUCGACCACGACGCCGACGCCGCCGCCGACGCCGACAUGCCCACCUGGAAAGAGGCCGUGCUCGUGCUCGCCGUGUCCCUCGCCUUCUUCGUCGUCGCCUUGGUCGGCUCCGUCGUCUUCGUCUACGCCCUGCCCGACCACGUCCGCGCCUGGGCCAACUUGCUCGGCCUCCUGGCCACCGGCCUCGCUGCCGUACAGUACAUCCCGCAGAUCAUGACCACCUGGCGCCUGCAGGAACCGGGCAGCCUGUCGGUGCUGAUGAUGUGCAUCCAGACGCCCGGCAGCUUUGUCUUCGCUGCGAGCCUGUACGCCCGCCUGGGCCGGCGAGGCUGGAGCGCAUGGGGUCUGUUCAUAUUCACGGGCUGUCUGCAGGGCUGCUUGCUGGCUAUGAGUCUGUCGUUUCUGUGGAGGGACAGGAAGGAGCAGAAGAGGCUGGACGACGAAGCCGCGGCGAAUCGCAGCAGUGAGCGGACGCCGCUGUUGGUGGCCGAGGACGUCAACUAGCUGUUACUGCUGGGCCUGUUGCCCCAACUAGACUUGUUACUACCAGACCUGUUACUACCAGACCUGUUACUACCAGACCUGUUACUACCAGACCUGUUACUACCAGACCUGUUACCACCAGACCUGUUACUACCAGACCUGUUACUACCAAACCUGUUACUACCUAUUUCCGCUCCUGUUGCUGUUCUCAAUCUUCGCACCGAGCCCCGUCGACUCGCGCACGAGCCCGUGCAACUGUGUAACUGUGCAACUCUGUAACUCUGUAACUGUGUAACUGGGUAACUGUGUAACUGGGUAACUGGGUAACCCGAGCCCACGUGCGUCC